GCAGCCUUUCCGCCUUUUAAAACAGAUACGCGUCUCCAAGACAUAGACGGCUGGGAACCGCCCGCGCGCCCUGGGCACAAGCCGGACGCUGCCAAUAUCACCCUGUUUAACUCACGUAUAUACAAACAUAUAUAUCCACGCCCGGACUCGAAACACCCGUCGAACCCGACGCGAACCCGAGUCAUAGUCGCACAAACUCCAGCAUGAAUCCCGUCACGUCGGGACAGGAUCCUACCGUCCCUCUGGAGCCUUUUACCAACACCACCAGUGCCACGGGCGGCGAUUCGAGGUUAUACAAUCUCAAUGUCUUCUACAGCUCGGGCGAUAUCGCCUGGAUGAUCACAUCAACCGCCCUCGUGCUUCUCAUGAUCCCGGGCGUAGGCUUCUUCUACUCGGGCUUGGCGCGCAGAAAAUCUGCACUGUCGCUGCUAUGGCUGUCGGUCAUGGCCACGGCCGUUGUUUCCUUUCAAUGGUUCUUCUGGGGUUACUCGCUGGCCUUUUCACACAAGGCCGGCAAGUAUGUUGGCGCGCUCGAUAACUUUGGCCUCAUGAAUGUCCUGGGCGCCCCGUCGGUCGGAAGCCCGCGUAUCCCUGAUCUGCUCUUUUGCGUCUACCAGGGAAUGUUUGCCGCCAUUACUGUUGCACUUGCUGUUGGCGCCGUGGCCGAGCGAGGACGCAUCCUCCCGUGCAUCAUCUACAUGUUCAUCUGGACAACCAUCAUCUACGACCCUAUUGCAUGCUGGACAUGGAACCCCCAGGGCUGGGUCUUCAAGAUGGGCGGCCUCGACUUUGCUGGCGGAACCCCCGUGCAUAUUGCAUCUGGAUGCGCUGCCCUCGGCUACUCGUACAUGCUGGGAAAGCGAAGUGGCCACGGGACCCAGGAGCUCAAUUACCGCCCUCAUAACGUCACCCACAUUGUCAUCGGCACCGUGUUCCUCUGGGUUGGCUGGUUCGGCUUCAACGCCGGCUCAGCGCUGUCGGCUAACCUCCGCGCCGUCAUGGCGGCUGUGUGCACAAACCUUGCCGCUUGCGUCGGCGGCAUCACAUGGUGCCUUGUCGACUACCGCCUGGAGCGCAAAUGGUCCACGGUCGGCUUCUGCUCUGGAGUCAUUGCCGGACUCGUCGCAAUCACGCCUGGUUCCGGAUACGUGCCUGCCUGGGCCGCCGUCGUCUUUGGUGUCUGCGGAGGCAUUGCCUGCAACUACGCUACCAAGCUCAAGUACUUUCUCCGCUGCGACGACGCUCUUGACAUUUUUGCCGUCCACGGCGUCGGCGGCUUCAUUGGCAACAUUCUCACUGCCUUUUUCGCUGCUGACUACAUUGCCCAUCUCGAUGGCUACACCGUCAUCACAGGCGGCUGGCUCAACCAGCACUGGGUUCAGCUCGGCUACCAACUCGCCGAUUCGUUUAGUGGUGGUGCUUACUCUUUCUUCGGCACCUGCAUAAUUCUUGGCGCCCUGGAUUUCCUCGGCCGCUUCAUGCCUGCCCUGCGUCUGCGCGCCACCGAGGAGGAAGAAGCCGCCGGUAUCGACGAUGUUGAAAUUGGCGAGUUUGCCUACGACUACGUGGAGCUCACGCGCGAAAUCAAAAUCCCAGACGACGAUGACGAUGACGAAAUCAUUGACGAGAGCGUCUCGACUCACGGCCUCGAGGGCAACGGCGCUGGCAUGCCCAUUUCCAAUCACAAUCAGCAUGAGAAGAACCAUGGUUCCAUCGAUUCGUCUGGUCAGCUGGCAGAGUGGGCGCAUAGUCAUUAACAUGUGGCUUUUUUUUUCUCUUCUCAUGUCAUCUGACAUCUAAUACAUGCUAGUGUUUCUCUUUUUUUUGUUUAUAUACCAUUUUAUCUAUCUAUCCAUCUACCAUUUUAUCU